CGAAGAGUAGAGAGAGAGAAGAGAGAGAGAGAGAGAGAAUGGUGUUUGCUGCUAGUUACUGUUUUAAAGAGAAGAAACCAUGUAUUGGGUGGUGGGUUGAGAAAUAUUUCAAGGAUUGUCUUUGCAAUUUGAGUGAUGAGAUAUCAUUUACUUGUGGUAUUGUUAGUCUAGUCUGUUGGGGAGUUGCUGAAAUCCCUCAAAUCAUCACCAACUUUACAAAUAAAUCUGGCCAUGGUGUCUCUCUUGCAUUUCUUCUUACUUGGGUUGCUGGGGACAUUUUUAACUUAGUCGGUUGUCUUCUUGAACCAGCUACUCUGCCAACGCAAUAUUACACAGCUCUGCUCUAUACAAUCAGUACAAUAGUAUUGGUAUUGCAAAUUGUUUACUAUGACUAUGUCCUUCGAUGGUGGAAACAGAAAAAAAAUGUGAAUACUAUUGAAGAAACUCUGAGAGUUGAGGACGAUGAUGAUAAAGAAGACUAUUCAAAACCUCUUAAUCCUAAGCCAUCAUCAAUGGAUCCAAGGAUAGCCAUACCAAGGGGUUCACCCAUAGCAUCAUCUCGGAGGCAUUACACGUCAGCGAGAUCGUUGGCAAGUAGUAAUACACCACCAUUCGGAUCUUAUCUACGUAUAGCAAGAAGUGGUCCUUCUGCCAUUGAGGUCGAUAUCCACAAAACAAGUAAUAAUAAUGGUUCAUCCUCAGAGGAAGAUGAUGACAACGUUUUUCCACCUCCCCAAAAGACAUCUCUUAGCCAACCCAGGAGAAUUCCAAUUCCUCGCUCUGUUGGUUAUAGAGCAGCAUUUGUCGCCACAUCUGCUAGUUUACCCUUUGGAAGUAAGGCUAUAAUGGACAAGUAUCUUGCAUUGUCAGGAAGAAGAUUACUGAGUGAGCAUGGAUCGGCAAACAACGAAGUACUAGGACUAACCUUAGGAUGGAUGAUGGCAGCUAUAUACAUGGGCGGUCGAAUCCCUCAAAUAUGUUUGAAUAUAAAGAGAGGGAGUGUAGAGGGAAUGAAUCCUCUUAUGUUCAUCUUUGCACUCAUUGCCAACGCCACUUACGUCGGAAGCAUUCUGGUGAGAAGCACAGCAUGGUCAGACAUAAAGCCAAACAUGCCUUGGCUGUUGGAUGCAAUUGUCUGUGUUGCACUAGAUUUAUUUAUCAUUUUGCAGUACAUCUUUUAUGGAGUACUUCAAAAGAGGAAAAUGGCUGACGGAGAAGGAGGUUACGGUGACUAUGUCGAAGCUGAGAAAGCAAUAAUUACAAACCAGUAAUAAGAUGUUGUAAUUCUGACUUAAGUUGAAGGAUAGAAACAAGAAAACCCUACUGUAGUUCCUUAUCUUAAAGCGUGUCGUGCAUUUUAUUGUAUGUAUUCAUGUAACGUAAUCGUCUAGUAAGUUUUACUUAAGAGAAUAAACCUAAUACCAUGUGCACAGUUGCACCUAUUAGGUUUGUAUGUGGCUCCUGUCAAAAUUAUAUUGUAAAUUUGCUUCUUCA